CCCUGACCGUCUUGACCCUUCGUUAGUUACUGAGCAGCCUGACAUCUUUUUGACACAAUCAAUUCCAUCACCUUUCGCAACUGUAGCAUCGUCUUCACAUUCUUCUUCUCCAAAAUCAAGCUCAAAUCAUAUACGUCCCCGUACCACAUUAAGAUCCGAAGUCGAAAGCCUCAACACAAGAGUCAAUGAAUUAGAGGCUGA